ACCUUAUUCGUAAUAAUAAAAAGUUACUUCUAAACGAAUAUAAUUCUGAUGUUAUAAUUUACGUCGAUGAUGGAGAGAAUUCAAAAGAAUUUUUUGCGCAUUCACCUAUUUUAAUUGCACGUUCACCUUAUUUUGAAACCGCUUUUUCUGAUGAUAAUGUUGAAAAAGAUGAUGAAUUAACUGGUGUCGAAAUCUUACAUCUUCGUAUUGCGGCUGAUAAAUUUCUUUCUAAAAAAGUUUCUGAUAAUAUACAAUUAUUUUUGGAUCAAAAGCUAGAAGAAUUUGUACGAUAUGAUGCUGUUAGCAUAUUACAAGAAGUUUUUAAAUAUAAUAAUAGUAUAUGUGAUUCAUUACGCAUAUACUGUCUUCAAAUCAUCUGUAAAUAUCCAAAUGCAUUAUUUGAUCAUUCAAAUUUUACUCAAUUGGACGAAAUUCUUUUAAUGAUUGUCUUACAACAAGAUGAUCUUGGUGAAUUAAGUGAAAUUAGUAUUUUAAAUUAUUUAGUCAAAUGGGGAAUUGCUCGAAUAUUAACUACUACUCAGGAUAUAACUAAAUUGGAAAAAUCCGAUUAUAUUAAAUUACAAAAAGUUAUCAAUGAUUGUGUUCCUCUUAUUCGUUGGUUUCAUAUUCCAAUAUCUGAAUUUCGACAAAAUUUAUCGUGGAUUGAAAAAAUUUUACCUUCAAAACUGUAUUUAGACAUUAUUAAUUAUCAUUUUGACAAUACCACACCACCAGAAAUGUUGCAAAUUUUGCCACCAAGAAAUAUUCCACCCAAGGAUAGUAAAGAAACUCGUAAAGAUGCUCCUAGAAAGUCUCUUCAUAGAAAAUUCUCUUCUUAUGAAGAUAUUGUUAAUGAUAAUGAAAAAUUACUUCAAAGUGGAAAAGGUUUCGACGUUAUUAUUCAUGCUGGUGAAGGAGAAGAUUCCAAAGAGUUUCACGCACAUUCUGUUAUAUUAGGUUUACAUUCUUUUUACUUUAAAGCUGCUUUUUCUGAUCAAAAUACUAUAAAACAAGAAAAUUGUUUUGUUUUUACAAAACCUAAUAUUCCAGCGACUAUAUUUGAAAUGAUUUUAAGAUAUUUAUAUAUAUCAGAAAUCGCUAUAGAUAAAUUAAAUGGUGUUGAAAUCCUGCAACUCUUGAUGGCAGCUGACGAACUACAAAUUCAAAAUAUUAUUGAUAAUUUUCAGCCUCUUAUGAAUCAGAAACUUGAAGAAAUUAUGCGAGAUGAUAUUGUUUUCAUAUUUGAUACAAUUUUUAAAUAUAAUAAUAGGAUAUAUGAAUCGCUGCGCGAUACAUUUCUUUAUUAUAUUUGUAUGAAUCCAAGAUUAUUAUUUGAUGAUCCAAAAUUUACUCAAUUAGAUAAAUAUCUAUUAAAAAUUAUUUUACAACGGGAUGAUCUUGGCAACAUAAGUGAAGAUGAUAUUUGGAAUUAUUUAGCAAUAUGGGGAAUUUCUCAAGCAUCAAACAUUCUUCAAAGUAAAAACAUUAAUGAAUGGAAAGAAGAUGAUUAUUUGACUUUUAAAAUGACUAUUUACGAAUUAAUUCCUUUAAUUCAUUGGUUUCAAAUUUCAUCAACAACAUUUAAACAAAAUUUAUUAUUCUUUGAAAAAAUUUUAGAUAAUGAAUUAUAUCAUGAUAUCAUAAAAUAUCACCUUAAUUCGGUUAUGCCAAACAAGACAUUUAGAACAUUUCCAUCCAGAUAUACUCCUUCCAAUCAUAUAGCUUUUGUUAAUCCGCAAUGCUUCAAUAUUAUUGCGAAUUGGAUUAGUAUGUGUGCUGUUGAAAAAACCCCUGAGAUUAAACGGAAAAGACAAUCAUUUAUGGAAAAGAUAUUAAAUUUGAAUGAUAAAUCAAGUGUAAAACCUGAGGAACGAGAAAGUACUAGUUUACAAAAUUACUUUGACGAUUUUAGAUUUAGUAAUUACAAUCUUGUUAGUAAUUCUUAUUAUUUUAAACUUCUUUAUUGCGCCCAAAGGGAUGGAUUUGAAGCAGAAAAGUUUCAUAAUUUAUGUGAUAAAAAAGGAUCAACCGUGACAAUAGUAAAGAUUAAAGGAUCAGAAAUGAUAUUUGGUGGUUAUAAUCAUUUAAGUUGGGAACCUUAUGAACCUCGGGAUAAUAUUACCAUGGCUAAUUACACAAAAUCUGAUAAAAAUUUUUUAUUUUUUUUCGAGAAUACUUUUUAUGAUUUAAGUCGUUCAAACCUUGCACGUGUUAAAAAGGGCUCUUAUGCAGUUGAAUAUAGUCCUUUAAAUGGACCAAUUUUUGGGCAUUCUGAUUACAAAGAGGGGUAUGAUAUGUGUAUAUAUAAUAACAUAUUAUCUUUUGGUAGACGUAGUUGUUAUCCUGAUUCAAAAAAUUUUUCAAAAGCAUCACAUUUUGAAAUAGAAGAUUAUGAAGUUUGGCAAGUAAAUUAUGUAAAUGUAUAUAAUUAUAAAUAUUAA